GGCCGCCUCCACACGCCGGGACAGACGUCCGCACCCGCGCCCCUGCCAGGCCGAAGAGCGGCCGGGCUCCGGAGCCGCUCGCCAGACUGGAGGAUUCCAGGCAACAGUGAAGACUUACAGUCCUGCGGCCCGUGGUCCUCGGGUUGAUGGUGGCCGUCCAGGGAAGACACUGCAAACUAUGCAGGGGUCCUCUAUGUCUGCAGAGAGGGCAUCCUAAGAUCCCCAGAAGACAGCCCUAAGCAGUUGGGACCCACACUCUACAGUCAGACCAAUGGCUUUCUCUGCGGUCCUUCAUCCAGUCUUCCUCUUGGCAGUGCUGUCCCUGAGAGCAUCCCUAACCGAAGUGCUGGGUGAGCCUUUCCAGUUGACGCCUGAGAUACUUAAUGUAACUGUUGAGUCUAAACUUCAGCAAGUGAAUUUACAGUGGACUGUCCCCAACCUUACUCAUCAAGAAUUAGACAUGGUAUUUCAAAUAGAGAUCAGUAGAAUGAAAACAUCCAACAUCAUCUGGGUGGAGAAUUACAGCGCCCCUGUGAAGUGGAACCAAGUUCUGCACUGGAACUGGAAGUCUGAGAUCCCUUUGGAAUGUGUAGCACAUUUCAUCCGAAUAAGGGCAAUGGUAGAUGAUGCCAAGUACCCUCCGCAGCGUUCCUGGAGCAGCUGGACUCCCUGGGAAGAAGUUAGUGUACAGGUUUCAGUUGAACCUAAUACGUUCUUAAUAUUUCCUGAAGACAAACUGUUGGAAGAAGGCUCCAAUGUCACCAUGUGUUUGAUGUAUGGACAGUAUGUAUAUAAUAUAUCCUGUAAGUUGCAAGAAAAGCCAAUCCAUAGAGAACAACUUGAUUCACGCGUAUCAUUAAUGAAGUUGAAUAACGUUGUUUUCCGUAACAUCAGAGGGACAAACAUCAAUUGUCAAGCCAUGAAUGCUACUAAAAAACUGCUUGGUACUGUUCUCUUUGUCUCAAAAAUACUCGAGGAGCCCAAGAAUUUUUCCUGUGAAACCCAAGACUUUAAGACUUUGACAUGUUCGUGGGAACCUGGGGUAGACACUGCUUUGGCUUGGAAUCAACAAGAUUCUCAAAUCUACAGUUUAUAUGAAUCGUUCUCUGGGAGACAGGAGCUUUCUGACCACAGAAACUCGCAUACCUGGCAAAUCACCGAAGAUUCACAGGAAACAUAUAACUUCACACUCACAGCCAAAAACAACCUGAGAAAAAGAAGUGUCAACCUAAUUUUUAAUCUGACCCAUAGAGUUCAUCAAAAGCCUCCCCAUGAUGUCACCUUUGAAACACUAAGUGCUACAGAAGCCAACAUGACCUGGAAGGUGUACUCCCAUGGGGACAACUACAUGCUCCUGUGUCAGCUUGAACUCCAGCACGAAAGAGAAGUGAUACACGCACACAAUGUUUCUGUCCACGUGAGUGGGAACUACCUCUUCAGUGAUCUGGAGCCAGACACAGAGUACAAGGCUCGUGUGCGCUGUGCGGAUGCCAACCACUUCUGGAAAUGGAGUGACUGGGCUCAAAAGGAGUUCACCACACCCGAGGCUGCUCCCUCACAGGCUCCUGAUGCGUGGAGACACAUUCGGUCAGAGAAUGGAAGUCAUGUUGUGACCUUGUUCUGGAAGCCACUAUUAAAAUCACAGGCCAAUGGCAAAAUCGUAUUCUAUGAUAUAGUUGUAGAAAAUCAAGAUAGACCAACUGAGUCAAAGCACUACCGUGUUGAGGCACCAGCCCUUGGCACACAACUGAGCCUUGACCUGAGUUCUUACAAGAUUCACCUCACAGCCAACAACAGCGUGGGUGCGUCGCCUGAGUCAGUGAUGGUCCUCUCUAACGAUUCUGGACAUGAAGAGGUCCGUGAAAAAAGGAUUGAAGGCACAAAGGAUGGAUUCCAUAUUUCUUGGGAGCCCUCAUCUGGAGAUGCUUUAGGCUAUGUUGUGGACUGGUGUGAACAUUCCCGGGACCGGCACUGUGACUUGCAGUGGAAGAAGCUCGGUCUCAAUACCACGAGCACCACGGUCACCUCAGAUGCUUUUAAACCAGGGGUCCGUUACAACUUCAGAAUUUUUGAAAGAUCUUUGCAACACGAUGCCCAGCUAAUAGGGAGACAAACAGGAUACACGCAGGAACAGGCUCCUCUGGAGAACCCACAAGUGAGCGUUAGUAACACCACCUCCAAUUCCUUCAUUCUGAACUGGCCGGCUUAUGCCAGCGAUUUCCAGUCUGCAUUUAUAGAAGGCUACCGUGUGUACUUGAAAUCCAAGGACAUGCAGUGUCAUCCAAAAGGGAGAAGGACGAUUCUUUCAGAUAAGUCAGUGCUCUGUGAAUAUGACAUUGAAGACCCCGAGCAGAAGACAUUCACGGUGGAAAACCUUCGGCCAGAAUCCACCUAUGAGUAUUUGGUCGUUCCAUACACCAGUGCUGGCCUGGGUCCCAAUGAAACAUUUGCACGGGUCACAACUCCGGAUGAGAACUCCCACAGGCUGCUGCAGAUCAUAUUACCCAUGACUCUCUGCGUCGUGCUCAUCAUCAUUGUGUGCUACUGGAAAAGCCAGUGGGUGAAGGAGAAGUGCUACCCUGACAUUCCGAAUCCAUACAAGAGCAGCAUCCUGUCACUGAUAAAAUCCAAGAAGAACCCGCACUUAAUAAUGCAUGUCAAAGACUGCAUUCCAGACGUCCUUGAAGUCAUAAACAAGGUAGAAGGCCCCAAGACACAGCUCAUAGGCUCUGGGAAAGCACACGCUGAAGAUGUACCCAGUAAGCCUCUCUCUGUGCCAACAGAAAACAGUUCCUCUGACCCCGUGCCCUGUGUCUUCUUUGAGAAUUUUACUUACGAUCAGUCAGCUUUUGACGCUGGUUCCCAUGGCCUCGUUCCAGGACCCCUGAAAGACACACCACUUCAACUUGGACUAUUGACCCCACCUGACAAGUUACUAAAUGUUCUAGGGAAAGACUACAUGAAGUCCCUGGCAGAAAGCCCGACGGAAGAAACUAGCUUGAUCUAUGUGUCUCAGUUGGCUUCACCCAUGUGUGGAGACAAGGACAACCUUGCCACAAAUCCACCCAUGCCAGUGCACUGUUCGGAGUAUAAAAUGCAAAUGGCUGUUCUGGAAAGACUCGCCUCACCUGCUCUGAGUGAGAAUAACAACCCCACCUCAAGGACCCUUUCAGGUCAAGGUGAACAGUAAAGCUACCCAGCACCAACCCAGUUCAUACACUACAGGCACUUUUGGGGAUGUGGCUGGUACCAGGCCAACAUCACAUGUCCUGGCCCCUGACCCCAGGAGCAUCCGCUAUCUGUAGCACUAAUUUAGUCUGUAUCAUUACAGGCUGACAGACUCAAGACCAGAGCUAUACAGCCUGGCAUUUGCCCUGAAGGCUUCCUUAGAAAUGGUGCAUGAUGACCUUGUUGUUAUUUGUUCCGGGCUCACCCUUAUCACAGCACCCCUGACAUUGACACAGGACACUCAUAAGAGUUCACUGACCCUGUCUACUCAAGACCACACAAAGUGGCCGUGGUUCUUGGAUUUUGGCUUGCAGUGAGGAAACAUCUUCAUGUCAACUUGAGCUGAUGUUGAGUAUUUCCAGGGUAAAGCAGCUGGAUCAAAUGUCUCGAUUAAUGCCACAAGAGAAGACUUAUUACUUUUAUUGUGUAGGCUCAUCACAUUUAAUGGAAAGGUUACAAGCUAGAUAUUUGCCUUACCUUGGAAUAAGAAUUUGUAGUCACUAAUAAAGCAAAAGUAACACUGUUGGUGCCUACACUGACCUAGCAGGUAGGGCGUACAAAUGGGACAGGAAGAGGCUCCACAGGUCUCCUGCUGUGAAGCUUACUAUAAUAAAACAGGAUUGCAAAGAGCUCUAGACUCAGUGUUCAGUGACAGCAGCCUGUUCCGUAGACUCCAGUCUUCCUCCUUAAUUUUUGACUACCUCGGAAUAGAAAAAGACAUUUCAUUGAGUGAUUCCUUUCAUAUUUAAUGCCUCCAUCCCAAAGUUGUAUCUACGUGACCUAUUUCCACAAUUGUGUGCUUCAAGAGAAUUCUGGCUCACUUAACAUUCCUGUCUAAAGUCUCAGUGUUGGGUAUAAUUUAGCUCUAACUUUAAAAUGUCCCAUGGACUUUGAAGUUAGUUCAGCGUUGGCCUCAAAGCAUGUCCUUUGAGACAAUGCCCUGGGUUCUAACUGUGGGCCCCACGUCAGGAUCCAACCAACUCCAGGAAGAAUGUGUAUCAAACUCAUACCGAUUUUUAUUUGUUAUUCCUUAAAUACAGUAUUAGAAAUUUCCAUAGCACUUACACACAUAUGGUAAUAGGACAUGGCACACAAGAAUACCCACUAUACACAAAUAUUUUUAGGUAAAGCAUGAACACCCAUGGAUCUUGGUAGCACCAUAGCUCCUGUAAACCAUGUCUGGAAGGGGCUAUAUGAAAUAGCCAGACACACAAAGGUGUUCAAUACCUUAGUUUCUUCCUCUUGAAACUUGUCACAUUGUAAAAUAAAACAAAGAGAGGUUC